AUGUCACUAAAAGAACUACCCUUUCCAAAGGCCUUGAAUAUAAUACGGCCUUCUUCACCAUUAAUACAACUUCAAGAUUCUUCUCAUUCGUCCUCGACUGCCUCUUCUUCACCCUCUACACUAUCAAGUUUUUCUUCCUAUUCCAACAAUAAUAAUAGUAGUCGAGUUCAGCCUACCAUCGUCACACCUUCCAAUUUUGCUUACUUUCAAAAUAACUGGGCUUCGUUUAAAUCAACCAACCCUGUAGCUAACACAGUAGGAGUCAAUCCUCAUCGUUUUUUACAAAGACCUAGAAGUAAUUCAAGUCUGUCCAAAUCCACUUUUUUCUCUGCCAUAUCCGUAACAUCAUCUCACGCAAGUGAAGAGGAGGAAGAUGAGGAGGAAGAGGAAGAGGAUCUUGACAGUAUUGACGGUUUGACUGACGAAGAGGAUGAUGACAUAGAAGACGAUAAUGAAUCAGAGGAAGAUGAUGAAUCUGAGGUAGAAGACGAGCCUACCAAAAUUGUAGCUAAAGUAAAGCACGGAACUAUCAUGAAUGGUAAAGGAGAAUUUGUGAGCAAAGGCAGCUCAGAUGAACAAAAUUCUUGGUUGGAUGAAGCAAGAGCAAAUCGUAAGAUUGCUGAUCUCGAGAUAGAGAAAGCAUCUUUGUUGGUACUAAACACAACUCUGGAAGCCAAGCUGCGACAACAAACAUCACAGAUUGUCGAGCUGCAGAAACGAUUACAAAUGAAUGAAGGACCCCUGACACCCGUAUCAGAUAAACACGUGGAUGAGUUAUUCGAUGAUGACGAAAACACGAUUGUAUCUUCAACUACGGCCGACGAGGACGAUGAGAUCGAAACAGAUCAAGUAUUUCAACGUAUAAAAUCCAUGUUGGAAGGACUUAUUUUACAAGCUGAAGUUGCAUUACUUCAGAAAUCAAAGCAAUCUGGAAAGGUAUUACAAGAGUAUAAUUUCCCGAUGGUCAGCGAACAAGAGAAGAGACACAACGUUGAAGAAACCUUACAUAAAUUAACAGUGAGAACAAUGUCACCGCCUCCCAUAAAGAGAUCUACAAGAAGAGUGUCAGACACAUCUAAACCAGCCAGUGCAAAAAUGUCGAGAAACUUAUCCCGUCAAUCAUCACCUCCUGUCAUGAUGACUUCAACUUCUCCACGACCAUUUAGUCCUCCACCCACACAACGCUCUUCCUCUCCACGAUAUUCUUCACAAUUACGAAAGAGUCAAGAUCUUGAAAAGCCAAAGUGGAACUAUUAA